AUGGGACUCAAGAAGGAUCUCCUACUUGUGCUCACUAUCGAAUCUGUUGUAUUGGGAGUCGUCCUCGGCUUCGUUAUACGGCCGUUCAAUCCAAGCAAUGAUACCAUCAGCCUUAUUGGUUUUCCUGGCGAGAUUUUCAUGCAAAUCGUCGAGAUGAUGAUUUUACCGCUUAUCAUUUCUUCUGUCAUAUCAGCUUUGGCCCAAGUUCGAGCUCGGGACGCAAGACAAAUAGGCAUCGUUACGGUCAUCUAUUACAUGACCACCACCUUCCUGUCAACGUUUGUGAGUAAUCUUGAAGCUCAGACAGGAAUAAUCCUUGUCUCGUCGAUUCAUCCUGGAGACCCGUCAUUGAUACAUUCGUUGGGUGAAGGGACUCUCGAAAACACGGCUCUAUCGACGCUUGACACCUUCCUCGAUCAAAUCAGGAACAUGUUCCCUGAGAACAUUAUCCAGGCAACAUUCCAACAGGUUCAAACUUACUAUGUCCCCAUUAAACCAAAGCUUCAACGUCUAAAUGGAACUAACGUGACUGAAGUGAUUUUCCAUAAGCCACAACUUACUUACACUAAUGAAAUGAACGUCCUAGGCCUUAUCGUAUUCUGCAGUGGAUUCGGCGUGAUUCUGAGUAUACUUGGCGAUCAAGCUCGAUUGAUGAUCAACUUUUUCAUCGUGCUUGACGCCAUUAUUAUGAGAUGGAUUUCAGCGUUGAUGUGGUUUGUCAUAUUGAACCCAUCGUGGUUGUUUUUCUUUAAUGAUGUUCUGACAAUUUUUAUGUGUUUUCUAGGCCUUAUCGUAUUCUGCAGUGGAUUCGGCGUGAUUCUGAGUAUACUUGGUGAUCAAGCUCGAUUGAUGAUCAACUUUUUCAUCGUGCUUGACGCCAUUAUUAUGAGAUGGAUUUCAGCGUUGAUGUGGUGCUACCCAAUUGGAAUCUUAUCACUCGUGUGCAAAAACAUUGUCGAUAUUGAUAAUCUUACCGAAACGGCUCAGGCGCUUGCUAUGUACGUGGUGACGGUGAUCUGUGGCUUAAUGAUUCAUUCGUUACUUACACUACCACUUUUGUACUUCAUGGUAACAAGGAAGAGUCCGUUUGCCUAUAUGACUGGCAUGCUACAAGCCUUAGCAACAGCUUUUGGAACAGCCUCCAGUGGUGCUACAUUGCCAGUGACAUUCCGAGCAUUGGAAGAGAAUCUAAAGAUUGAUCGGCGAGUAACUCGAUUUGUGCUGCCCUUAGGUGCCACAAUCACUAUGGACGGCACAGCACUUUAUGAAGCUGUGGCCGUUAUAUUCAUUGCUCAACUUCAUAACAUCAAACUUACUCUUCUUGAGUUAUUAACUAUCAGUGUAACUACCACCGUGGCUUCUAUUGGAUCCGGUUCAGUGCCGGCUGGUCUGGAUACCAUUGUCAUUGUGCUGACUACAGUUGGACUUCCGGCCAAAGAUCUCAGCUUGUUGCUCACUGUCGACUGGCUGCUCGAUCGAAUUCGAACUUCGGUGAACGUUCUAGGCGACGGUUUCGGUGCCGGUAUCAUUCAUCACCUGACCCGUGAUAGUCUUGUCGAAGCUGACACUGACGAGCUGAUUCGACAAAUCAGGGAGGACAUACGUGAGGGUUCCAUUUCGUUCUGA